AUGAAGCGAUCCUUUAGAUACGAAGCCACUGGUAGUGUGGCGCACACAAGGAUCAGUCCUUUGAUGCCUGCCGAUUGGAUUGACAAUGAUAGCACAGACAGCAAGGACGGCAAUGCAAAUACAGCCGCAAUGGAAGACAAGACGCCACCCGACUUUUUGUGGGAAAAUGCUGCUCGGCGAGAAAGCAAAGACUAUCGCGACACUGUCAGCGUUUAUUCGCACUUGCCAAAUGGAUUAAACAUUCUUGAUUCCAAGUGGGUCUUGGGACGAAUCUUUAACGAGAGACGAGAGGACGAUAGCGAAUUGUUGGCUACUUUGGAAACGCACUGUUUUCGAGGCCCAGAUGGAUUUCAAGCCUUUGGCGAUAAAGUAGGACUGUGGAAAAAUCAGCGAGAAGAAUCUGAAUCAGCAAGGACUGGAUCAAACUUAGUUGAUAUUCUAGAGGAUGCCGUGACUACAACGGAUGCAGUCGAACCAAACAACUUGUGGGUCGUCAAGGACGCGCAAGCGAACGGCGCUGGUGGAAUUUGGGUCGUCGGACCGAGCAAUGCCACAGCAUUUGGGAAAGAUGACAAAAAAAUGUUUCCAGAUCACAAGUAUGUGGCGCAAAAGUAUGUUUGGCCACCUGUCCUGUUUGGCGGUCGAAAAUGUCAUGUGCGGGUCUACGGACUCUUGACGUCCGAUGGCAGAGCCUUUGUGCAUCAUCGAGCCUUUUUGCAUGUUGCGAACGAUCCCUUCACCACCACUAGCAAUACAGAGCAAACGAUGGCGACUGGCAGGGAUAAAGAGGCAUUUGAAGAAUCGGUCCACAUUACCAAUUGCUGUGCAAAUAGUCAUGAUGACAGUAAGUUUGCCGGAGAGAUCCUGGCCGAUUUUGAAACCUCUGCAACAACGGAACGGGAUGGCCAAACGGUAAUUCCAUUGGCGCAAUACUUCCCUUCUGUUCAAGCUUGUGUCGCAGGGUUGGCAAAGCGGGUGUUUCCUUUUCUACAAGGAGGGCAAGCCAAUCAUGGGUUUGAAUAUCUGGGAAUGGAUUUCAUUCUAGCACACGACGAUAAAACUGAUACUCCAUUGGCCUACCUUUUGGAGAUUAAUGCCCCACCAUCUCAAGACACUGCCACUGGUUUGCCGCAUGCGGAAAAUUUGCACGACGACGUUAUUCGAGACUUGAUGUCUCUUUGGGUGUUCCCGAACGUUCCAAAUACCAUUGCUGUGGAGCAACCGGGGGGUUGGCGCUGCGUUUACGAGGACAACGCUUCCGGUGAAGGAUUUACUGCACAAUCUUCUGGUGCACAGCAACACGAGCAACAGCUUAUCAUUCCGUCCAAGGCAGCCAUCAUCAACAAGAUUCGGUGGGCCAUUUUUGAACGCAAAACCGCCAAGAAAGAACAAACAAGUUGCAAUGUGGAAGAACCCAAACCAAAUGAGGGUACGAAAGGCCAGAGUCAAAUGAUUGCUGAAUUUGCAAGAUCCCAGUUCCCUUACUUCCUUUCCUCUGCUACUGACGAUUCUGUUGAACAGUCGAAGGAGCGGAUAUUCUUUGAGAAUGCUGGUGGAUCACAAGUGGCACAGGUGGUCAUCGAUUCGAUCACAGCAUCACUUUCGUUUCGACACCGAAAAGUGGUUGGAUCAAGGACGAAGCAAGCGGCAAGAGAAACCUUUCAGCGAUUGCUAGGAGCAAGGCCUAUUGAUCCAAUUGUGUUGGGAUCCAAUGCAUCAUCCUUGCUAUCUUCACUAGCGGACUUAUAUGUGCAACUAGGUCUCUUAAAAGAAAAUGACGAAGUUGUGAUUAGUUCCGAAAACCACUUGGCAAAUGUCCAACCAUGGGAGUGCGCAGCACAAUCAGUGGGUGCCACUAUUCGAUGGUGGACACCUGUAGGUUGCGCCCAGGAGACAUUGUCGUCCUCGUCUUCCAAAUUGGAAGAUCUCCUCAAUGCAAACACUCGAAUUGUGGCUCUUCCUCACGCGUCCAACGUUUUGGGGCAAAUACGAGAUAUUGAGGGUCUGACGAGGAGAAUCAAGCAAAAGACACUUGGCCGAGCUCAUGUGGUAGUGGACGGAGUCGCUGCGUCACCCCACGUAUUUGCCAAUGUGAACCAGUUACAGGCCGACUGGUAUGUCGUUUCUGCUCACAAACUAUUUGGACCGCACGUGGGAGGACUGUACGGACGCAAGGAUGGAGCGGCAACUGAGAUUUUGGAGGCAUCAGGAGCAACUUCCGAAGAUAGUGCCAGUGCUCUAUACCCAUUGUUGGAAAAAGGAACUGUGAAUUACGAAGGAUGUGCUGGUAUUGUUGGUUUGGGACAGUACAUUGAGUCUUUGGCUUGCUGCAGCAGGAAAAUAGGUCAUGGAAAUAGGAGAAACCGGCAGUCGCUACAAGAUGCAGGAGAACCCAGUCAAAGAUCGUCGACGAUACCGAACAUACUGAAGCCCAGUCUGACCAUCGCCAAUGCAACUGAAGGCUAUACAAGCAUCCGCAUUGUAGAAGAGCCCCUUGCAGAAGCACUGUUAGCAGGUCUGCGACAAUUUCCAAAGGUAAAGAUCAUCGAGGGAAAUGAAAACAAAUUCGAAUCAGUGAUGAGACUUCCAAUUGUCUCAUGGUUACAUGCAGAUAUACCUGUCGACAUCAUCUGCAAUCUUUGCGACAAGAGCGGGAUUUCUUGUCGAGUCAGCUCGUUUCUGUGUACCCAAAUGUUGGCUGAUGGUUUUGGCUUUGAUAUUAAGAAAGGGAUGCUCCGAGUUUCCUUGGCGCAUUAUAAUACGUUGGAUGAAGUACAUUGCCUUUUCGAGUGUCUUAAGAAAAUUCCUGGAUUUGUAUGA